AGCAAAAAAGUACAAAAUCGUAUGGAUGGCAGUCAAGAUAUAAUAAAUCUUAACGUUAGCGGAAAAAGAUUCACCGUACAACGAGGCAAUCUGCUUGCUGUACCGACAAGCAAAUUGGCUGAAUGGUUUCGAACCGAUCCAAAUGAUAAUCAGUUGGAUAAGGACAAAAGAGGUAAUUAUUAUUUAGACAGAGAUGCGAAAACUUUUCGUCAUAUUUUAAGUUAUUUACGAAUGAAAAGAGAAAAUAAUUCGUUAUUACUUAGUCUUCCAUCAAAACCCGAACAGCUUGCUCGGUAA